UUAUCAGUUAGUUUAAGGAUUAUAGUAUAUAUGUUUAAUUUAUUAGGGUAGAUUGUAAAGGGUGAUUAUACUAUAUUAUACUAUUUCACAUAUAAGAACAUUGCAAUAUCAUGCUUGAUUUUUUUUUCCAUUUGGCCUUUAUGCUAUUUUGGUCAUUUAUUUAUAAUCAUAUAUGUAAUAAAUCCCACACUACAUUGUCAAGUUUGUCUAAAUAAUUAUUUAUCUUUUAUCAUGAUGUAAAUAAGUCACAUAUUAUAUUUGGCCAUAUACUUAAAUUUUUUUUGCUCUUUAUUCUUUUUUUGUAUACCCAUAUUUUCAUGUGCUAUCAUUUUUUUCUUCUAUCUGAACAGCUUUCUUUAACAUUGCUCCUACUGCAAUUUACUUUUUUAUGUCUGCAAAAGACUUUACCCUUAUUUUUGAAAACUUCUUUGAGUAUAUAUUGGUUAAAUCAACUAGGUAUAGAAUUCACCAUUGACUAUUUUUUUAUUUUAAUACUUUAAAGAUGCUGUUUCACUUUCUUCUCUACAUUGGUUCCAAGGAAAAUCUACUGUCUUUAAACUUUAUUUUUCUCUAUGUAACAUAAUUUGCUUUUCUAGUAAAUUUAAAAAUUUUCUUUUUAUCAGUAAUUUUGAGAAAUUUGAUUGUUAUGCCUUGGUGAAAUUUUUCUUGUUUCCUAUGCAUUGGUAUUUUGGGCUUCUUCGAACUGUGGGUUUAUGGUUUUCAUCAAAUUUGAAACACUUUAGGUCAUUAUUAUCAAAUAUUAAUUUUAUCUUCUCUCUCCUCUCUUCAAGUAUAUUAGGCUGCUUGAAGUUGUCCCAUAUCUCACUGAAAUUUUUCAUUUAUUCACCCCUCUGUGUUUUCUUUUGGAUGGUUUCUGUUUCUCAAUUCACAUUAUCUAAUCUUUUGGAAUGUCUACUCCACCAUUAACACAUCCAUUGUAUUGUUCAUCUCACAUAUUUGAAAACUGCUUUUGGACCUUUUUAUAUCUUCCAUAUCUCUUCUUCACUUUGUUUACAUACAAAUUGCAAUUAUAUUGACUGUACUGUUUCAUUUUUGUCAUUUUUGAGUUAAUUCAGUUGGUCUACUUAUUUUGUAAGCCAUAUUCCCCUGUUUCUUUAUAUCUAGUGUGCUUUGAUUGGAUGCCAGACAUAAAUUUUACUUUGUAUACUGAAUAUUUUUAUGUUAUUAUAAAUAUUAUUUAGAAUUUUUGGAUGUAGAUAAUUUAUUUGGAAACAAUUUGAUUGUAAAGGUCUUGCCUUUUAUGAUUUGCUGGUGGGGCCAGAGCCAUGUGUAAUCUGGGGCUUAUUAUUCCCUGCUGCUGAGUUAAGACCCAUCUUCCUUCUCUACUCAAAGCCUUAUGACUCAUGAAGUUUUUCCAGUGUAGCUUUACAGUGAAAUAUUUCUAGUGGGAAUAGGCAUGUUUUCUACACCUAGGUAGGUUCCAGUGACUGUUUUCCCCAGUCCUUUAGGAAGGUCUUUACUGUAGUCUUGGGUAGUUGUUUUACAUGAGCUAAUCCAUUUCUUGCUAAAUAUUGCAAGAACCCUCUGAGAAUCUCUGAGUUUUUUUUCUAUACGCAUUUAUUGUCUUUCUAGUACAUUCAACAGUAGCCCAGAUAUUCAGAAAGGGAAAUCAUAUUUUAUGUACUAUAUUAUGUUUACGUCUGGUAGACCUGAGUGAUAUUUGGGUAAGCCCGCAGGAAUCUUCCAAUUGAAGAUGAUUGAGAAAUUACUUUAACUCACCAGGGCAGCCAUGGAUAUGAUACUCUGCCUGAUCAGAAACUGGAUCAGUCCUCUGAUGAUGUGUAGAGCGAAACAAGACCUUUUAGAGAAAAAAAUGGCUUAUCAUUUACAAAAAAUGCAAGAUACUGGCUGUAAAGGAGAAGAUAUGGGGAAAAAUACAUUGAAGUACAAAGGUCAAGAUGGAAAACAUGGUGAAUCUUCUCCAAAGAAUAAAAGGAAGACUUCUGAAGAUAUCAUUUUAGUUUAUCCUGCUGGAGACCAGAAUACCUAUGAAGAAAUAUCUGGAAAUACAGCAACUGCUGCUCAUCAGAAUCAAAAUAGUUCAGAGAAUUUUAUGAAAAAAACCUCAACUUCUGUUGUUCAGGCAAAUGUACAGGAUAAUGUUAUAAAUCAAAAGAGAGAUGGGAUGAUAUCUAAAAACUCAAGUAUUAUCGAUGAUAGAGGAGAUACUAACAUUGCAGGCCAAGGUUCAAUUAUUGCAGCUCAGGCAUCACCCACAAGAAAUUUAUCCAGAUUUUCACAGGCAUUUUUGGAUCCUUCAAAAGAAGAGGAGACAAAUGCUAACUGUAAUGGAAAAGCAACCAAGAGAUCAAGCUAUCUCUACAAAUCAGGACCUCAGGCUCAGGCUACAGACCCGGGUAUAUUUUCUUCUCCUGUUAACACAAAUAUGCAACAGAACUCACUGCAAAAUUGCUUGCAAGAAAAAGUGACUUCUGAAGAACUGAAUAUUAUAAUUCAGAAUAUAAUGACCUGGGUUGUGGCUACAGUGACUAGUAUAUUGUAUCCAGCCAUCACAAAGUAUGAAGAAAGAUUGAGAGAUAAUACAUACCCAGCAUCUGAUAACUCCAUCCUCUCUUCAGAUAGUUCAAGUUUCUGCAGCACAUGCAGUGAAGACUUUACAUAUAGAACCUACACAUCUUCAACAACUAAAACAUUUCAGGCAGAACCCUGUGCAUUUGCAGUUGACCUGUCAGUAAGGAGACCAACCACACCGAUAAAACUUUCUCCUGCACAUAAGGGAAGAACUGCUGUGGGGAAAACCUAUCAUGCAAAAGGACAAUCUAUAACCUCUACACUUAAAUAUAAUAAAAGCAACGUGCUAUGUUCAUACGCUAAGCUCAGAAGUUGUAAAUCAGAUAGUCAUCUUUUAGCAUCAUUUGAAACAAGCACAACGAAGUCUAAGGAUGCCACUACUGAAACAGAUAGCCUAGGGAGUUCAUUGAUUUGUGAUAAAAAAGCAAAAGCCAUAGAUGAAAUGAAGAAUUUAAAAAAUGUGUUUGUUAACUUUAAAUGUCACUUGAAAGGGGAAACUAAAGUGAUUUUAGAAAGCAUUUUUCGUGAAAUAAUGUCUGAUUUAACCCAGGCCAUUCCCUGUCUCUCUUCUGUUACUGCUGAAGUUUUUGUUGAACAAUGUGAAUGUGAAAAAGAAGAUUUGCCCUCCAAUGUUGAUAUUUGCUCACUUGCUUCUGAGAUUGUGGAAAAUAUGCUUGAGAAGUUAGAGUCUGCAGUGGAGAAAAAAUGUGUUGAGAUGUUUUCACAAGAAGAUGUACCAGUCAACAUUAAACCAAGCUUAACAGCCAGUGAUGAACAUCUCCCAUCAUCAAAUAAAAAACCUUUGAUGGAGUCAAUGCCUCAUACUUUGGACCCGAUGUAUGAUAUUGCAGAGGACAUGGUGCAUGCCAUUUUAGAAAAGCUGAUGUCUCUUACUUCUUCUAAGCAAAAAGAAUUUCUUCAUCUUAAAGAUUCGACUAAGCUUUCCUGCCAGCAACAUAAGACAGACCCAGUAUGUAUGUUCCUUCAGAGAGCUAGCAAAAAUAAAUCUAGUCUUGAAUCUGACACAGCUAGUUUAAUUGUCAAUGAAGAAAUACAAAAUUUACUAUCAAAUAUUUUUUCUCAAUCCUCUUUGGUUGGUUAUAUAGAGGAAGCAAUUAGUGCUAUACUAGGUUAUAUACAAACUGAACUAAAUAAUGAGAGAAUUAUUGCAUCUGAAGAAACAGUAGUACUCCUUCAGCUACUUGAUGAUAUCCUUGUUCAGCUCCGUCAGGAACCAGCAAAGGAAAAUUUUCCAAAAAGUAGACAAUCUAGAAUAAGUAGUCCUUCUGACACCAAAGAAAAGUACAGACUCGCUGGCACUAGAUUAUCUAAUAGUCCUAGGUCUAGAAGACCAUUUCUACCUAUAAAUGUUCCAGGCAUGGUUCUUUAUUCUGAAGAUGAGGAGACAGACAAUAUUGUAAAAAAUGUGCUUGAUUCAACUUUCAAAGAUGAAAAAGUAAAAUCACAAGAACAGAUUCCUAAUGAUUCAUUUACAAAGGGAAACACUUGUUUUGAGUACAAAAGAAAUAUCAAACCACCUACAAAGCCUGUUUCUAGAAGCCAAGUUGCAUUUCCUGAUUGGGAAUUAAAGACUGAGCCACCAUCUCUUAAUCAUAAAGAUACUUUAAAGAAAAAACUUUGUUUGAAUAAAGUUAUUUCAACCUUCAGCCAAGACCAAAAGCAUCAAAUACAAAAGGCUUCAGAAAACAUAGUCACAAGUGUUUUAAAAGAAAUGCUCAAGGACAUAUCUUCUGUUCCUCCUGGUCACUUAGACAGAAAAACUGGCAAUGAAGCUUCAGUUCUUGUUUCACAAAAGCCUCAGGGACUGUCACAUCAAGAAUGGAUAGACCAGCUGUUUUCUGUUUCAGAAAUCAAUACAGUGGCUCAAGAAAUAACAGAUUCUGUGCUAAACAUACUUCAUAAGGCACAGAACUACAUUUCCAAUACCACUAGAAGUUGCAUUUCAUCCUCAGUUCAUCAGACUUCCUUAGAUAGUUCUGACACUGCAGACAGAGUCAAAGAAGCACCACAUAAAUGUUCAUUAAAAACAUGGUUUGACAGUGAAAAGAAAAUGCAAUCUUUAUCUUCAUUCAAUAUUGAUUCUGAAAAGCCUUCCUGGUUAAAAUCUGGAGAAAGUGAACUUAAACCUGUAGAUGACAUUAAUGAUAAGAUCAUUCAUAUAAUUUUUAAAAGACUGAAGUCAUUUAUUUGUCCAAAAUUGCAUAUGGGCUUCAAAUCUUCACUACAAUCUCAACUUAGUAAGUACACAGCUAAAAUAGUGAACAUUGUUUUAUGUGCUAUCCAGAAUGAACUGGAACUCCGUAAGAAAAACCUAAAUCUUAUGGAGAUGGACCAUACCAAAUCCCUUAUAGCUAACACUAAUAAAAAAUUAGAAUCUCUUGUCACAAGUAUUGAUGAUGACAUUUUGGCAAGUCCAUUAUUAACAUGCAUUUAUGAUAUGUUAUCCAGCAAAAAUGCAGAUCAAAGAAACAUUCCACUUUCUUCAUGUAUGCCAAAGUCUGCAGAUGACAGUGUUGAUGAACAAAGCAUUUUGCCAAAUAGGCAGGAUAAAAAAUCUUUUCACAAAUAUAUGGCUACUCCUUGUGCCCUCCACAGUGUCAAUGAUGAAAAAGAUAUUCAAAAUAAUGCAAAAUUGGAAGUGUUAGAUAGAAUUGGGGAAACACUACAUGAAAUGUUAAGCAAGCUCCUGGGAAGCCAAGAGACUACCAAUAAGAAUCAGAAAAUGGCUGCUGCAUUGCAGUCUAAUAUUCAGUUAGUUUCCAAAGCAAUUUUUGAUUAUAUCCUUGCAAAAUUAUCUGGAGUUGACAUGGAUGCCAGUUUUGCAAGUUGUGGAUUAAAAGCCAUCUCAGAGUCUCUUGACAUUAACAACCCAUCAUUUGCUUCAAUUACUGAGAAAAUGGCUAAAUCCACCAAAAUAAUCUCCAGCAUAGUUUCCAGAAUUGUUCAGGAGGGCAAUAAAGAGGGGACUCAAAGCAAAGCAAAACCUGUUGCUCCUGUGUCUUCCAAAGCAGAGAGCACAAAAGAAAUGCAUCCAAAUAAACUGAAAACUGUAGCUUCAGACAUUCUUAAUAUGGUUUUUGCUAAACUGAAAAGGUUUACCAAUGGAUAUUUAGAAAUUCUGGAUGCUAUUAAUGAUGAAAAUAAGGAAAGCAGUAAGAUGGGCUGGGAAUGUGAAAACACCAAUAUUUCCAGAGACACACAUGAAGAAUCAUUUCUGUCUGCUUUAUACACGCCGGCAAAGAAGGUAUCAAGUGCUAUCUUGAAGGCUAUUCAAACAGAAUUAAAUGUGACCUCAUCAGACUUGAAGACAAGUGUAAAAACCCCACCACCUGAGACUCAGGUUCUUACAGAUAUAGUCAAAUUAAUUUUAGAUACAGUCUCUUCAGAUAUGUUUAAUGAAACUGAAUCUGAAGAGGGAGGCAUUGAAACUUAUCGAUACAGGCCAACAUAUGGAAGUCUUCCUGGAGGAGCUGAAUCAGAUUCAUUUCUAGAAGAUGAUGCAUAUACAGAGAAAAAAAUUAUUGAUGAUAGAUCACUACAAAGAGAAGAAAUGAAAACACAUUCUCUUAAACAAUGGGCUCUAGAAAAAACUUUAAACAAAAUUGAAGUAAAACUCAAAGAACCAAAUAUAUCUCCAGUUGCUCCGAUCAUAAGAAAUAUUUUGAAUGAAAUUUUUCAAAGUACUUUAAUCAAUCAAUUAAAUGUGCUUUUUCUCUCCCACUCUCAUUUUAAUGACAUGCCUCACAAUGUUGAUGAGCCAAUUGCCCAAACACCUGUUCAAUGUAUGGAUAAAAUGAUGAAUCCUUUAAUUUCUGAAGCAGAUAUAACCACAGUAACAGAAAAUAUUGUUAAAACUGUAUUUCACAAACUUUAUUCAGCUGCCAUGACAGAAAGAAAUGUAAGGAAAAAUAGGUAUAAAACUAUCACUUUUUCAGCAAAUGUUUCUUUUCAUGAACACACCUAUGAAGGAAAGUCCUCUGUCACUGUCUUGGAUAAAAAUCCAUGUACUUUUCAGUCUAGAUUCAGUGUUGCUGACAAAGAGGCAAAGGUAAAUGUAGUUGAAGAUAUUGUACAGGCAAUAUUAACAAAUUUGGAAACGUUUGCUACUUCCAAAGUAAAAUCUCUCUUUUGUUCCCAAGUCAACUUUACAGUUCCAAUGGCCUUACCUAUUCAACAAGAUCAGAGUACAUUGAGCAAAGCAUUAUCAGCCAAAGAUCCAUAUUCUGAUGAGCAAUUUUCCUAUUGCUCAGUAGAUCAUACUAAGUCAGGAGAGACCAACUUGUGCCAACUGUCUUUGUCUAAAUUAAACAUUUAUGCACGACAAGUGGCUAGCAAAAAUUUACAAGAAAUUAAACAUGAAUUAGAUAAAGAAAAGGAUAAUCAUUUCUUAACUCACAACAUCGGGAUUUCUAAAAAUUUUGCAAGUCAAAUCGUUAACACAGUGUUAGACAUUAUAUCAUGUAAAGGCAAGUGUAACAAAAACAGUUCUGAUAAAGAGAUUGCUUUGGAUCAGCAAAAAGGUGUUAUUGAAAAGCUGCUCAAUAAAACCGAAUAUCAAAAAGUACUUCAGUUUCAAAUACAAGACACAAUUGAAGGUAUCUUAUGUGAUAUUUAUGAGAAAACUCUAUAUCAGAAUAAUCUGUCAUUUGCCACUCCCACUCUGAAAUGUAGCAUAGCUGAUAAAUAUUCAAAAGAAAGUUCUGAAAUGUUCAUGGAGGGUGCAAAUAAGUUUAUUCCUAAGCUUUCAGUUCCUAAAUCAGAUGUCAUUUUGAUAUCCAAUGAUAUAGUGAAUACUGUUCUUCAUAAUCUCAGUUCAGCUGUCAUGCUUAUCAUAAAUGCAAAGAAUCCUACUUCUGCAACAUUGUCCCUGACCUUUUCUGAUAUGUUUCCAAAAAUAGACUGUCAACAGCCUCUUAGGGGGUCAAAAACUGAAAGAAAAACAGAGUGUUUUUCGUAUUCAAGAAAUCAGAAAUCAGCUUAUGCUGAUGAUAAUCAUUUAACUGUAGUAGAGAAAGAAGACAUCCAGAAAAUUGCUGCUGAUUCAUGUGAAGAAAAUGCUAACUCCAUUACUAAAACUAUUUUUAAUCAUUUAGAAUCUUUUGCCACAAAAAGAAUUGAUUCAUUAAUUACCCUUGCUUUCCAACAUAAAGAAAAGUCAUUUGUUAUCCCAGAAUUGGAAAAUUGUAAACAAAAUGACAGCAUCUUUUAUGAUUCAAGCCAAGUGGAAUCAGAUGUGAAUGUCCUGCAAAUACCAGCAACUGAAACCAUUCUCAGCCAAGAGCUCACGGAUUUCACUUUUGCCAGUCACAGAGAAAAACUUGGAUCCAUAAUUCACCUAUCACAAGCUAGCCUUAAGACAUAUGCUGACAUCAUUGCCAGUGCCAUUUUGAAGCUUAUUAAAAAUGAUUUAGACUUAGAAAUUCAAAAGAUACAUCCAUAUUCAAACAAUAUUUUGUUCCAAGGAAACAUCAUUGUGAGUGCAAUUGUUGACAGUAUGUUAAAGAUGUUAGAUGAUAAAAGAUCUGCAAAGGAAAUUGGUUUCAAUUCAAAAGAGAAUCCUAACUUUUCACAGUUAACUUUAUCAAAUGAAAUAUUGCUGGGGCACAAAGAGAAGCAAAUAAAUACUAAACAAUUUCUGUUUAGAAAGUGUCCAUUAGAACAAAACCAACUGAUAUUGGAAAACAAAAGCCAGAUAAUUGUUUUGGAAGAAAUAUUUAUGAGAAAUGGAGAAUCAAAACACAAAGAAAAAGUUGAACUGCUCAGUGCAGUGGAAGAAUUGUUGAAUAAGUUAUAUCAAAGAAUAAGGGAAGUCAUAGGCCAUUUGCCUCCAUUUAAUGAAACUUCCAACUUUAUAUCUAAUUCUAAAAUUAAAACACGAGGCACAACACAGAAAAACAGUUUUCAAUCAUAUAUUAACAGUGUAGCAAAUGACAUAGUUGAAAGUGUUUUGGGGAAAAUGUACUUGGUAGUUGUGACAUCAUUGUAUGAAAAUAAUAAAAGUAGGAGAGAAGUUGAAACAUCUGACUGCAAUGAUUCCUUACCAAUGAAACCGUUAAGGUUUAGAGAAACUAAACAAGCAGGAAAAAUAAAUAGUUCCCCUAAAUAUGUGAUACCACAGGCUUAUUCUUAUGCAGGCAAUCAAAAUAUCUCUGUAAUGGAAAGCACAUUUUUGCCAUAUUUACCAUUGCAAGUGAAGAACGACUUAAUUCAAAUGGUUCUCAAUAAGAUUACAAACUUUGUCUCACUUCAUCUAGAAGAGAGUUUGUCCCCUGAACAUUGUGCUGAUAAGUUGCAACUUUUAAGGCCACACACUUUUAAGGUCAACCCUAAGGACAGCCCUAAGCCAUGCUUUAAAGCAAAUUUAAAAUCAAGAUCAAAACUUACCACUUUGCCUAAAUUUACAAAAAAACCACACUUAGGACUGAGUGCUGUUAAGGCCAAAAGCAAAACCAAGUUAGGUCCUAGGGAGAAGACCCCAAAAGACAGCCAAUCCAAAACUGCCAUUGGGUUGUCACACAUCAUGUCAACUGGAGAUGCCAAAAACUUACUGGACACAAAAUUGCCCACUUCAGAACUAAAAAUAUAUGCCAAAUAUAUAAUAAUUAAUAUCCUGGAAACAAUUGUAAAGGAAUUUGAAAAGGUAAAGCAAACCAAAGCCUUACCAUGUGAUCAAAUCAUAGCAGCAGGUAAAAUAGUUAAUACAGUUUUGCAAGAAUUAUAUGUUACAAAUAACUGCAGUUUGGCUUAUCCAAUCAAAUCCUCACAUCUCAAACUUUCACAGGGGAAUAUAAGCACAGGAUCCCAUGCUAAACAAGCAUGUUUUUACUUGGAGAAUAUUUCUUCACAGCUAGAACACAUUUUUCCUAGAAAAGGUAUAUUUAAAAAAUUGUUUGACAAGUGGCAAACAGAAUCAAAUGACAAGGAAAAUGAAAAAUGUAAGCUACUGAUGAUAGCUGAAAAUGUUUUGACUGAAAUUUCAGUAAAAGCUAAAGGAUUAGUAUAUUCUCUUUCACUUUUAAAUUUGCCGCCUCUUGAGAAUUGUGAAAGCAGGCUUUAUCAUCAUCUUAAAGGAGCUUCUACUAGAGCUGAGGAUAGCAAAGCACAAAUUAAUAUGUUUGGAAGAGAAAUUGUUGAAAUGCUAUUUGAAAAAUUACAGCUAUGCUUUCUGUCCCAAAUUCCCACUCCAGAUAGUAAAGAGACUCUAUCAAACAGUAAAGAAUACAUUACUGCUAAAAGUAAAUAUGGUUUUUCAAACAAGCAUAGCCUCAGCAGUUUACCAAUCUAUAACACAAAGACAAAAGACCAAAUUUCUAUGGGCUCUAGCAACCACAUUGUUCACGAGAUUGUAGAAAGGGUUUUAAACAUGUUAGAGUCAUUUGUAGACUUGCAGUUUAAACCUAUCUCCAAAUAUGAGUUUUCUGAAAUUGUGAAAAUGCCUAUAGAAAAUCUUCUUUCUACCCAACAGAAACUAUUAAACAAAGAAAUGUUGCCAAAAUUACAACCACUUAAAGUGUUUCCUGAUGAAUCCAAGUCAAAUACUAUUAUUUUUAAGGAAAACAUACAGGAUAUCCUUCUACGGGUUCAUUCAUUCCAUUCAAAAUUACUGACAUAUGCUGUUAAUAUCAUCAGUGACAUGCUUGGUGUAAUUAAGAACAAGCUAGAUAAUGAAAUAAGCCAAAUGGAACCAUCUUCAAUUAGCAUAUUGAAAGAGAACAUUGUAGCAAGUGAGAUCAUUGGCACACUAAUACACCAGUGUACUUACUUCAAUGAGUCUUUGAAACAAAACCCUUCAAAGGAAAGUUUAUUCCAUGGAGCUGAAAAUGCCUAUGUUGUUAAUCAGCUUGAAUUAGCAACUAAAAUGAAAACAUUCACCUCAAAUUUUGAGUUAAAGGAAGGUAGUUUGGGGAUUAAUCCUUCACUAGUGAGUAUAACUGACCUUAUGUUUUGUUCAGAUGAAGAUGUGAAAGAAAAGUACAGGGUUUUAUCAAAUUUACCCACCUCUGUCAGACCCUCUGUAGAAGACACAUUUAAAAGCUCAGAGCCAAUGAAAAGGCCUGAUUCAGAAACUAUGCCAUCGUGUUCUAGAAACAAAGUACAAGACCACAGCCCAAGGAAAUCCAACUUUGGUCAUUUUGAUGAGAUCAUGCAAGAAAAUCACAGCCUCCCUGAAGGCAGUAUCUCACAAAAGCUGUUUAGGAAAGCAAGCAGCUCCACAGAAGCAUCAUUAAAGCAAGUCUUUUCAUUCAUAGAAAUGGGAAAAGGUGAAAGUCUAAGAGCGUUUCAUUAUGAUACCCUAAAACCAGGUGUUGAACCAAAUCAAAUUCAGGCAACUGUUUCUCCACUCAAAAUAUGUUUAGCUGCAGAAAAUAUUGUCAGUACUGUGCUAUCCAGCUGUGGCUUUCCAAGUCACCCACACACUAAUGAGAAUGUGGAAAUAAUGAAGCCAUUUUUCAUAUCAAAACAAAGCUCUUUAUCUGAAGUAUCUGGAGGACAAAAAAGUAAGGAAAAAAGUGUUCUUAGAAUGCAGGAUGAAAUAAUCAGCUAUAUACCUGAAGAAGAAAACAAAAACCUUGAAGCCAGCAGGGAAGAGUCUUCUUUCCUGCAAAAAUUGAAAAAAAAGAAUUACCCAAACAUAGAGACUCUGAAAGAAGUUGAAGCCUUUACUUUUGCAGAUCAUGAAUUGGGUCCCAAUGAAGUUCAUCUGAUAGCAAGACAUGUCACUACAUCUGUGGUCACAUAUUUGAAGAACUUUGAAACUAGAGUUUUUAGUGAGGAGAAGAUGUCUACGGUUUCUACAUGGUCAAGGAAAAAGUAUGAAUCAAAACAGUCCCUAGGAAACAUAUAUAAUGAUUCCUCAAUUUAUCAAUGUUGUGAAUAUCUCACUGAAUCAGUACUUUAUCAUUUAACUUCAAGCAUUUCUAAUGGCACCAGGAAGGGUAGAGAAAAAGAGAAAGUAUGGGAAAUUCAAGAAGCAGCAUUUAUCAAGAUUAUUUCAAUUCAUUCUCAAAUGUUUGCAAGCAAGUCAAUUUCCAUUGGAGAACUUGCUUUAUGUAUUUCUGAAAUCAUUAUUAAAAUCCUUUUCAAUAAUAAAAUUAUACAGGCUGACAUUGCACAGAAAAUGGUUUCCAUACCAACAAAAUACAUUUACAGUCCAGGAAUAGUUUCUGGUGGCUUUGAUGACCUCUUUCAGGAUCUCUUAUUAGGAGUGAUUCAUGUACUGUCCAAAGAAAUAGAAAUAGAUUAUCACCUUGAAAACAAUGGAAGAAACAAAUCACUUUCUAUGCAUAGAAAUAAUAGUGUAUCCAUUUGCAACAAAAUCAACAGACAGGCAGGCCCCAGAGACUGGCAGUUAUCGAUGAAACAAAUUGAUCAACUUUUUCAAAAAAAUAAAUUAAAUUACCUUGCAUGUAAGCUAAACAGCCUGGUUAGUAACCUAAAAACAAGUGAAUCCAAAGAAGUUGUCAAUAAAGUUUUUAAUAUUGUUUCUGAUUUAUUUUCACCAGAUGAAUGCCCAGAUAGGGGUACGGAUUCUGAUAAAAUACAAAGAACAUUUGUCUCCUCCUCAAAUAAUGAACAACCUAAUAGCAUAUUUAGAAAUAACUCACAGCUCUCCUCAAAAUCAGUUUUUCUUCUCAGUGUUGUAUGUGAGAAACUUAUCAGAAUUCUUUUGGAAGAAUGCACAAGCAAUGUCUUUCUUGAUAAUGGAUCUGUUUCAGAGGAAACAUCAGCAGAAGAAUGUCGAUUUUUAAACAUGCUUCAAAGUGUAGAAGAUGGAAAAUCUGAUUAUUGUAAGAGAGGAAUGAACUGUGAAUUCCUUCAAGGAGAUUACAUGUCAGACCUUUUGGAAAAUGUGGCAGAAAUUGAUCAAGACUUAUUGUCAUCAGACUCUAUGCUUACUAUUAUUUCCCACAGUUUGGUUAAAUCAUUGAUGAACAAAUUAUCUCACGGUAUACAACAAGCUCCUGAAAGUCUACCUUUUGAAAAUGAGCAUUUGAACUACAGAACAAGAGAAAUACAGUCAAGUCUCACAAAAGCAAGAAAGCCAGAAUUAACAGAAUUAAGACAAAGUAAAUGCUCUUUAGGACUCAGGAGUUAUGACAGUAAUUCUUUGACAGUAUCCCUGAAUAAUCCCAAUGUGGUUAGCUCCAAAAUGCAAGCACCAUUUGGCAAGCAUUGUGCAGUGAAAUCCUCUUCUGUGUCAUCACUUGAAAGCCAGAGAACAAAAGAAAUGGAUAAGGUAGCCAUUCCUAAUAAGCUACAUCAGGAAGGUAUAUAUGCUGGUGUUUAUUCAGCCACAUUUUUGGAAGGAAUAAUUUCAGAAUUGUUUUUUAAUCUCUCUACCUCGUUGUGGGGUAAAAAUAAAAACAUCGCUGUGUCCUGGCUCAAUGAGAUGAAUACAUUAUUUGUCAACAACGUAGUGAAUGAAUUUAAUAAAGCUCAAGUCACUGUUCUACGGAAUGCUGAAGAAAGACUGUGUUUUCCACCAGUUCAUACAGAAACUGUUAGCAAAAUUGUCACCUCAGUUUAUUAUGAUGUUUUACAGCAGUAUGAAUUAAAAGUAGCCGGCGGUAAUGAUCUGAUACAUGACAAUGCCUCAAUAGCAGAACAAAUAACAAAUGGCAUAUUGUUGGAGGUUUUAGACUACAAACUGCCAUCUUUCCUCAGGGAAUAUCUCAUACCCCAUUCAUGUUACCCUCUAAAACCUGAAAUUAUAUUGCAAAAGCUUCAAAAUAACCUGAGAGAAUUUACUUCCCUACCCAGGUCUUCAUCAGACUAUAGUACCAUGUUAUCACAUUCAUUUUUAGAAGAUGUCAUCAGAAGGCUUUUAUCUCAGCUCAUUCCUCUGCCCAUUACAUGUUCCUCUUUAGGAAAAAAAUAUUUAAUGAGUUCAGAUUUUAAUGAAAUGUCCACUUGUAUAGUAAAUAAGGUUAUGUCAGCCAUUUCCAAACAUAAAAUCUGGUUGACUGUAUAUGAUAAUAAAUAUCUAUAUACUGGAAAAAACCUACAGAAGAUGGUGGAUUCUAUUUAUGGUAAUAUUUUGCAAAUGUCUGACUCUGUUGUUUCUAUACAAAAAAGUAUAAUAAGCCGAAGCCCAAUUAUGGUUGACCAAAUAGCCAGUUUUAUCAUCCAAGAGAUUAUUGAAAAUCAUCUUCAACCAUUUUUGAGUGGAGAGGUUUUAUGUCAUUCAAAGAAUCCACUGGAUCCAGUAUCCACCAUGGUUAAACAGGUUCUGAGUGAAGUGAUAGAGUUACACAGACCUCAGAAGCAAUCACCUUUAGGUAUUCCCCCUGAUUCAUUUGUAAGGGAGAUUGUUGCCAGACUUUUGUCAAAGAUUUUCACCCCAAAGCAUAACACCGAAAUUGAGUUGAAAAACAUGACUCAAAGAAUAGUAAACUCUGUAAACAGCCAUUUUGAUAAAACUGAAAUUCACACUCUCUGUGAUGACAAAGAACAGUCUUUCUCCUCUUUCGAUACAGAUAUUGUGGAUGAACUUGUCACCUCAGUUUAUAGAAAUGCUUUAAAGCAGCAUGGGCUAGACCUUGCUAUUGAUAAAGAGUCUGAAGAUAGUGGCAUUUUUGUGGAAAAUAUUACCAACCUAAUUGUAGCAGCUAUUUCAGACUACCUUCUUCAUCCACUGUUUUCUGGGAAUUUGUCAGCUUCUACUGAUUCUAAUUCAGUGUCUGAGAAUAUUGUUCAGGACAUCCUUAGUAAUGUCAGUAAAUCUACUGAGCCAAGCCAGAGUUUACCUCUAUAUAACACCUUGCUGCCAUACACAUUUUUAGAAGAUGUUAUCAGAGUACUAUUAUCUAAAUUAUUUUCUUCUGCAUCUAGCCUGGCUCUAAACAGAGAAACCCAAAAAGAUUUAUCAAGAUCGAAUUUCAAUGAAAUUGCUUCAAACCUAAUUAGUGAUAUUCGGAUGAAAAUUUCUCAACAUAAAAUUCAAUUUUCAAAAGAGGAAGAAGAAACCAAAUUUAUUUAUUCAGAAGAUGAUAUUCAGCACCUUGUUGACUCAGUAUUUGAAAGCAUUGUGCAAACUUCUGGGUCUGAAGAAUCAGCUGUGCAAAAUAUCACAAGCAGUAAUGAUGUUCUUAUUGAAAUAAUAGCAGGCUUCAUCAUUAAACAUAUAUGUCAAAAACAUCUUCAGCCAUUUGUGAAUGGAAAAUCAUUACCUUCGUCAGACACAUGUUUUGAUGAUGAGAGAAGGCAGUUAUUUUAUACCAGUGUUUAUUCUUCAACAUUCUUGGAAGAUGUAAUCUCUGGAGUUUUAAGAAAAAUAUUCCACCGGGUAGUAGGCAUUGUACAAACAAAAUCCGUAGGAGAUUCAGAUGAUGAACUGUUUGAGAAAGCUGAAGAACUCAUACAUUUGAUAACAGGGGAAUUCGCAAAAGCCCAAGUUAGCAUUAUAGAUAAUACUGAGGAAAGAUCGUGUUUACCUCCAGUGGAAGGGGCUGCAGUCAAAACAAUUGUUGACACGGUGUACAGCAAAGUUUUGCAAGAAUAUGAAAUGGAAGUAUUUCCCAAUAAAGAUUUUCUAAAUAACACAAAGACUUUGGCUACCAGAAUAACUAAUAUCAUCCUGGCUGAAAUUUUUGAUUUCCAAAUUCAUCCAGAUCUUAUAGCAAGUCUGCCUUUUAAGUCACAUUCCAAACUCAGCACAAAUGUUUUAAAAAAGAGAGUUCAAGAUGAUAUAAGUAAAUCAAGAUUCCAAAGACAAGCUUCAACAAUCUAUACCACUAUGUUAUCACAUAGUCAUUUGGAAAAAAUCGUCACUCAGCUUAUAUCUCAGAUGAGUCCAUUGGACACCAGUGCAGAACAGUCAGAUACUACUAAAUCAGACUUAAGUAAUACAGUGAUAAAACUGAUAAGUGAAAUUAUGUCAAUAAUUUCAAAACAUGAAAUAUGUAUUAUUAAAUAUGGGAAUAAAAGACAGAGUGUGAUUUCAGCAAAAGAUAUCCAGGCUAUGGUUGAUUCCAUUUAUGCUGAUCUUUCUCAUUCAAAUAUAUACCAGUCCAUUACAAAAGAAAAAAAGAGCAUAAGUGACAUACCUGUUUCAAAAAUAGCAAGUUUUAUAAUAAAAGAAGUCUUUAAUCGUCAUAUUCAAUCAUUUUUAUCUGAAGAUAAAACUCUCCUUUUGGCUGCAGUUGAUCAAACUUAUAAAUCGAAAGCAAUAGACCCUAAACAAAGAGAAUUAUCUUUUAUUGUGAACUCAUCUGUCUUUUUGGAGGAAGUAAUUUCUGAACUUUUAUGCAAAAUUCUUUAUGCAUUUUCACAUAAUAUGUUGGUUACUGAAAAUCCAGAUAGAGUGAAAUAUGAACUUACCAGCAUUGUUACAACUUUGGUAAAUUCAAUUGUUCUGGAGUUCACCAAAUCAGAGAUUUCAGUUGCAGAUAACUUUGAUGAAAAUUUACGUUUCUCAGAAAGAUAUAAAGAAAUGGUACAAAAAAUAGUCAUCUCAGUAUAUGGAAAAAUAUUGGAUCAAUAUAAAUCUCUCAUUCAAAUAUAUAGGGUUAUACAAAGUGACACAAUCUGCUUUGGUAGGAAAAUAUAUUAUUUGCUAUUGGAAGAAAUUUAUGACUAUCAGGUGCAGUCAUUAGUUUCAGGAGAAUUAGCGUCAUCUUCUUAUUCUUACCCCCAAGCUGAUAAUAUAAUCAGAAAUGUGCUUAACAUAAUCACAAAGGAUAGCCAUGCCUCACCAUCAUAUAUGACUGUGUUGCCUCAUUCUCUUUUAGAGGACAUGGUUUACAGGCUUCUAGUGCAUAACUUCCCUUCAGCUCACACUGAAAAUGAACUAAAAGAGGAAGAGGUUUCAUCAGAUGAUGAACUUGUGGAUGCAGCUUCAAAAUUGACUGAUGAAAUUAUAAAAGAAAUUUCUGAACAUGAGGUUCGACUUUCCAUGGCAGAGGAUAAUGCAGAGAGUAUGCGGUUAGAACCUACUGAAAAUUUAGUCGACUCCAUAUGUAAUAAUAUUUUGAAAACUUCUGAAUUCCAAGCUGAAGUACAAAAAGAUGCAGACAAAAAAGGACGCUCAUUCCUCAGCAAAAUAGCUGGUUUUAUUAUGAAGGAAAUCAUGUAUCAUCAUUUACAGCCAUUUUUACAUGGUGAAGAAUCAUCUUUCAGUGACUUACCCAAUUAUGACCAUGUCUCUGAACUUGCUAAAUCUGGUAAAGAAAAGACACAGCCCUCUCUAUAUUCAGCUACAUUUUUGGAAGACAUAAUCGUUAACCUGGUUCACAAAUUUUGUUGUCUCCCCAUUAUUACUGAAGAUUCUAGGAAAAAUGAAAUGGCAGAGCCAGAUAUUAUGGGGUUGGCUCUAAAAUUUUCAAAUUCUCUGAUAAGGGAAUUUAAGAAAAGUGAAAUAAAAGUUUUACCAAAUGCUGAAAAAAUGUUUUCUUUUCCACCAAUUGAUAAAGAGACAGUUGAUAAAAUAUCCAAUUUUGUAUAUGAUCAGUUCAUAGAAAAAUGCACAUCUAAUGAUACUCAGAAAGGUGAUGAAAGUAACAUUGCUAUAGGGAUGAUUGCUGCUCUAGCCCAGAAGGCAAUGUCUGCAUUCAAGAUUCAAUCACUUUUUUCAGGAGACUGGUCUUCCACCUUCUUUUCAUUUCUAAAUCCAGAUAAUAUCACCCAAAGGGUUCAACAUCUACCACAAAACACCUCUACACAAAUAAGCAGAUGCUUAAUAGAGAACCAACUCCCUUUACCAGAUCAAUCAUAUAAAGAUACUUCUUCCACUUCAGACUGCAAAAGCACAGUGAGCACUUUGGAAAUAAAUAGAGAUACAGUGAGUAGAACGAAAAGUUUUAAAACUAAGGACACAUCGAUGACAAAAGGUGACAUCCAAAAUCCAGUACUUAGCUCUACAAAUGCAAUUAUGAAAAGCAGCAUAAUUAACCUGAUAUCAGAGUCAGCCACAGGUGUGACAAAUAAGAAGAACAUGGAUGAAAAUAAAGUGGGAAUUUGUACUCAAAAACAUAGUGAGAAUGUAUCAAAAAUCACUUCUUCAACUACCAGUGUGAAAAGUAAAGAUACUCAGGAGCCAAAUUUGAGUGAAACAUUUAAAAAUAAUGAAAUCGAGAGGAAAAGACAUUUAAUUCCAAAAUAUAAAGAAGGGCAGGAUGACAAGGUGCACACACAUUUUCCAUUAAUAAUUGAUAAUAUAGAAUAUGAGAAGGAAGUACUUGGAUCAGAUUCUGAAAUAGCCUAUAAAAAGAAGAUUGACAAUGCAAAAGAAAGAUCAUUUAAAAAAGAUGGCAAGCUCUUUCAGUUACCUUCUUCAAAAUCCAGGAGAAAUCUAGGGACUCCAACGGAGACUUUGGAAAUAGGAACUCAAAGCAAUGAGGGGAGAAGAGACUCUCCGACCCAAACAGACAGGGAUGAGGAACACCACUCAGAUUAUGAACAUGUUCAAAGUGUCAUUGAAAAUAUUUAUGAGGAUGUUUUACAACGAUCUUCUUCUCCAGAACCAGCAUAUUAUUCAAAACUCAGUUAUGACAAAAGCACCCCAGGUGAUAAUGCAUUAAAUGUAAUUCAGGAGGUCAGCAGGGAUUCGGCACAGUCUGUUACGACAAAAAACUUAUCCUUCUCAACUAACAAAAAUGUCCCUGCCAAAGAAAAAGAAGAGACAGAGAGAGAAAAAGAGGAAGUAAGAGAAGAGAUUAAAAGUGAACCCAGUAAACCAGAUGGCCCUCAGUACCAACCAAAAAAUAAACCUGGAAUUUUUCCCGCUAAAUUUUUAGAAGAUGUUAUUACUGAGAUGGUUAAAAAAUUGAUCUUUUCUUCUAUACCAGAAACACAAAUACAAGAUAGAGGUCAAAAUAUCUGUGAUGAGAAAAAUCAAGCUAAACUCUAUGACACUGCUAUGAAACUCAUCGAUUCACUGUUAAAGGAGUUUUCAGAUGCUCAAAUUAAGGUUCUCAGACCAGACAAGGGGAAUCAGUUUUUCCCACCUGUGGGAAAAGAGCCAACAACAGAUGAAGCACCAUCCAGCAUUAAGAUGAAAUCUGCAGAUAAAAUGCCACCUGUCAAUAAAAUGACUAAAAAACUUUCAAUUAAGAUGCCAUCAACUGACAAAACAUUGGUCAAUAAAGUUGUUCACUCUUCUGUUUGUAAUAUUUUAAAAGAAUAUGGAUCUCAAGACUCUAUUUGUAAGAAUAUAAACAGUAAUGGAGAAAAUUUAGCAAGAAGACUAACUAGUGCAGUGAUAAAUGAAAUUUUUCAACAUCAGCUUAACUUGAUAUUUUGUGAUGAGGUUUCAGUUUCAGCAUGUUUGCCUCUGGAAUCUAAGGAUGUUGUUAAAAAGGUCCAAAAGUUGGCCCAAACAGCCAGCAAAGAAUGUCAAACUUCAUCACCAUAUACAAUAAUAUUACCUCAUAAAUUUUUAGAGAAUGUGAUUUCUGCUCUUUUAUCUAAAAUUUUCUCAACAAUAUCCAGCAAAGAAACAAGAAAACUUGAGGACAAUUUGUUCACAGAACUGGAUGUCUUUCAAAUUAAGUUAGUAAGUGCAGUUGCAACAGAGAUCUCCCAAAAUAAACAUAUGAUUAUACAGUAUGCAGAAUCCUUACAAUCUGAUGAUCAUGAAAUUACUCAGUUAGUGGUUCAGUCUGUUUAUAACAAUCUCUUGCCACAGUUUGGAUCACAAGAGAUCAUACAAAAUUGUGUCACCAGUGGAUGCAAAAUCCUUUCAGAAACCAUAGUUGACUUGGUUUUACGAGAAGUGGCUGGCAAUCAGUUGCAGAGCUAUUUUUGUGGAGAGCUAACUCCACAUCAGUGUGUGGAAGUUGAAAACAUUGUUGAAAAUAUCCUUAAAGAUGUUUUCCAAACUACUGAUGUGCCCUUACCUAAACCAUCACAUGUUCAUAAACUGUCUUAUAACAUAAUAGAAGAAAUUGCUGUGAAAUUUUUAUCAAAGCUUUUAUCUGUAUUUCCAAAAGUACAUAAAGAAAGAACCAAAUCCUUAGAAAAGGAAAUGCUAAAAAUAACUUCAAAAAUAUUAAAUUCAGUCCAAGGAUUUAUCUUCAAAAGUAAGAUUAAACUUGUAGCACCCACCAAGGAAUCACCUACUGUACCUGAAGCUGAUAAUGCAACUAUUGAAAACAUAGUUAAUUCUGUUUUUACCACUGUUUUAAAGCACUUUGGUUCUUUUACUUCUAUAUUUAAAGAUUUAAUGGGUAAAGGUAGUGUCCUCUCAGAUAUAAUAGGCUUUUUAUUGGUGAAUGUAAUUUCCAAUUCUGAAUUUCAACCUCAAGUAGAGGAAGAAGUAUCAAAUUCAGAAUUAGUUCUGGAAGCUGUCAAAAUUAUGGAAAAAGUGACCAAAAUUAUUGAUGAACUUAAGUCUCAGGAAAAGUAUUCAUCCAGAAAAGGUUUGACAUUAGAUGUCAAACUUUUAGAAGAGGUGUUGGCCUUGUUCUUGGCUAAACUAGUAAGGUUGCCAAGUUCCUCAAGCAAAGAUGAAAAAAACUUAUCAAAGCCUGAGUUAAAUAAAAUUGCAUCUCAACUGACAAAAUCUGUAACAGCUGAAAUUUCCAGAAGUAGCAUUACUCUAAUAGCUUCUGAUCCUGAAAAACGCUGUUUAAAUCCAGAAAAUACAGAAAGGGUUUAUCAGGUUGUUAAUUCUGUUUAUAAUAAAAUACUACAACAAUCAGGAACCAACAAAGAACUUUAUUAUGACAUAAAAGAUACAAACACAGUCUAUCCUAAAAAAGUGGCUAGUUUAAUUAUUGAUGGAGUUUCAAGUUUUCCAUUAGAUACAAUUGGCUCAACAAUUUCAAAUGCUGAUCUCUCUGGAGAGCUAGACAUUAACAGAAUUGUUCAAAAGGCACAAGAACAUGCUAUUAAUAUGAUUCCUGAAUCGGAGGAAGAACAAUUAGAUCAAGUUUCAUCUGAAGAGGAAUAUCCUAUUAAAAUAGUUCCACACAUUGGGAAAAAACCAGUCAAAAUAGAUCCAAAAAUUAUUUCUGAACACUUAGCAGUUAUUUCUAUAAAAACUGAACCUCUUGAGAAACUUAAGCAGGAGUGUUUGAAAAGAACAGGAUGUAGCAUCGCAGAACUGAGAAGAGCAUCAAUAAGUGGGAGAAAUUAUUACUCAGAAUCACCUAAUUUAGAAAAUAAAAAGAGAGAAAGACGUACCUCACUGGAUAAGACUGGAAAACUGGAUGUAAAACCCUUAGAGGCUGUUGGCAGAAAUUCAUUUCAGAAUAUAAGAAAGCCUGAUAUUACAAGGGUGGAGCUCUUAAAAGAUGUGCAAAGCAAAAGUGAUCUUAUUGUUCGAUUAGUGGCUCAUGAUAUUGAUCAAGUGGAUUUGGAAAAUUACAUAAAAGAAGAACUUGAUUCUGAUGAAGAUGAAGUUGUUUUAAGAGAGACUGUGGCAGAAGAAAAAGGCGUUGAAGUAUUUAAAGAUCAAGUAAAAGAAGUCAAGAAGCUAGAAGAAAACAAAGUUUCUCCUAAGUCAACACUAAGCACUAGCAGCCUGAAAAAGCUUUUGUCACUAAGUAAAUGUUGUCAGACCACAGCCAGUGCAAAUAUUGAAAAUAUUGAAGCAACCUCAAAUCAGGUAACAGAAUCGAAGGAGACACAUGUUAAAAGAGCUGUUGCUGAGCUUGACAUGGCCAUAAAAAAAGCCAUGCCUGAAACAGCCUCUUCAUCUUGGGAAGAAAAGCCACUGUGUAAGAAAGAAGAGAAGAAUCUUCUUACUGAACCACCACAUUACUUCAUACACAGAAUUAUGAGUUCAUCUUCAUACAACCAAGAAGAUCUCAUUUCAUCUACUGGUGAGGCUGAAGAUUGUCACUCAGAUCCAGGUGCUAAAAUAUUAGAAGAAAGUUCUCAGGAACAAAAGUCAGAGAAUAGAAGCAGUGUUGAAUUUAUCACCAUCUUUGAAAGAUCCAAGGGUGUUGGCAAUGCAAAUUCUUCAAACAUUUCAGAAACUCCCAAGCCCGAUGUCUCCAAACAAGGAUCUAAAAUGCUGGCAAAAAUGUCUUCAGCUUUGUCAAAGGUGUUUUCUCGAUAUAAUACCAAUAUUUCCAGAUCUUCUUCACCAGCUCACCAUGAUGAGCACUAAAGCUUUUGUACCUGACAUAAGUAUGCUUACUUCUCUUAGAAAAUAAAAUGAUUUUUAAAGCAUA